GCAUUUGUUAUAUAUUGAUGUGAUGAAACAGACUGACCCAGACAUUUGUAUUUCAGAACUUUCGUGUUUGCUAGCCGUUCUGGAAGGAGAAACUCCAUCUUCUGAACUGACUCCCGAGUGCAAGUCCAUUCUGUCCAAACGAGUGGAGAUGUUCGAAUAUGCUGCUCAGGUGGCGCCGGCCGAGACCAUCGAAGAGUUGGUGCGCCAGGUGGCCAGUUCUCCGGCCAGGAACUACUUCGCCGUGGUGGCCAUGGGUCUGCUGGGAAUCAUCUUCGUCGGAGGUCUGUUCUGCGGUCGAGUCACCAAGAGAGUGCCCUUCGGAGUCAAGAACAAGUAGAGGCUACAUCUCCUAUUUAUUGCGCAAUCUCCGAGAUUCUCCGCCUUUCAGUGGUGGAGAACGUCACCCUUUAUUUUUUAUAAACCGAAGAGAGUGCCGCUCCGCUCUCUUCGCUCUCUCUCUGUAUCUGGCUCCCGCUCCUGCUCCUGCUCCUCCUCUUCGGCUCGGUCCCGGCCGCCCGGUGGUCGGGACCCAGGCGAGAGGCUGUCGUCUGGGGAGGGCGGAGGCAGCGGACGCGAACCGGGAAGCUCCGGCGACUUCCCGCUCCGAGCUUUUCCGUUAUAAAAUAAAAAAAAUGUCG